UGAUGGCCCCACAGCAAACGUUCGACCUUUGGAUUUUGGAUUGGGCUUAAAAUUCAAUUUGCGGUCACAACAUGAAUAUGGAUCGACUGGUGCAGUUAAACAACCAAGCGGGCGGCCGGGACAAGAUUGCUAGGCUCAUCCAGUAUGCCUCCCGUGCGAUGUGGGACUCGCUGGAGACCUCGAACUCAAGUCCGGCGUUGGUGGAUAAUUUCAAGACGAUCGAGUACAUUUUGAGCACCUUCCGGAAGCUGCUCCGCUUUGGAAAGUGCGUGGACGUCUUCUAUGGCACCCUGAAGACCAUACACUAUCCGGAUCUCACCAUCCGGGUGACGCUUACCCUAAGCAAGCUGUCGCAGUCGCUGUUCCUCUUCGCUGACCACUUCCUUUGGCUGGCUAGAACUGGACUAACGGCAGUGGACGCCAAGCGGUGGUCAAGUCUCGCCAACAAGUACUGGCUCUUCUCGAUCAUUAUGAAUCUUUGCCGCGACUUUUACGAGAUCCUGAGGGUUUUGGAUCUGCAUCGAUCCGGCUGCAAGGGAGGCAUAUCGCGUUGUCGCCUUCCCACGAGCAUCAACUCGCCCGAGGACUUCAAGCGUUUUGCCCUGCAAUCCUUUGUGCUAGUUCAGGGACACAAGGACAUUGUCGUUGACACGGUGAAGAAUGUGUGCGACUUCUUCAUCCCGCUCACGGCGCUUGGUUACACAAAGCUCACACCAAGGACAAUAGGACUUCUGGGAGCGGUGUCAUCGCUGGCUGGACUGUGGGCUUUGCUGGAGCCCAGGGCCAAGCUAACGCCUGCGUAAUACCCAGCGACCUGAUAAAUAGGCAACCUCGUAGAUAGGCUGUCCGUGUAGCUAUUUUAAUUGUUAUAUUGUAUUUGUAUUUGUGCUCGGAUUAAGUGAAAAGAUAAACGAACGAUUUGAUGUAUUAA